GCGUUGUUUAGUAAUCUCCAUAGAUAUUGAAAGCUCGCAAAAGAAUUUAAUUGAUUGAAAAAGAAAAUUAAUUAUCUAAAUAAAUGGAAGAUCCGAACGAAAACGUUAACGUUAAGAAACGAUCCAAAAAUGUCCGAAAAUUCCAUAAAGUACCUUGGACUACGGCCCAAAUGACAAAACUUGUCAAUAGAAAUCUAUAUUUAGCUACAACCGCACAGGAAGUGUUUUUUUAUAUAAUAUUAAUUAUUUGUAUGAGUAUAGCUGCAUUAGGUAUAACAAAAUCAACGGAUUUUUUUAUGGCAGAAAAUCUUCGCAAACAACUGAUCGAUCAUACCACGAUACCUUAUCCAGAAGCGGAAAACACAAGCAACGUAAAAUUCAACGAAAUUUCAACCGUUGACGAAAUUUGGGAUUACCUCACCAAUCAUUUAUUAGUAAUUCUUUAUCCAGACGAAUUCCAACACACAAAUCAAUCAGAUAAAGGUAUCGGCACAGAAAAUAAAAUGGUAGGAAUUCCGAUCAUCCGACAAGUAAUGGUGGCACCGAUUAAAUGCCCGGAUCCUUUUCCAAAUAUCACCGAAGAGUGUUUACCGAGUUACACAACAAGUAAUUCGUACAAAAAGGAUAUAGAAGGUACCAAUUACACUUAUAAAAAAGCGUCCGAAACGAAAGCUGCAAAUUGGAAUGGAAGAAUAAGCAGUUAUGGAGGUGAUGGUUUCGAAAUUGAAUUACCAAGAACUUACGAAGAAGCGGAAGAAGUUUUGGAAAAUUUAAAAUUAGGGAAUUUUAUUCGAAACACAACCCGAGCCCUGUUUAUUACUUCAGCUUACUAUAAUCCGCACGUUAAUUUGUUUACACUGGUUUUGAUCGUUUUUGAAAUCCCACCAACUGGCGGAGUGGUUCCAACGAGCAAUUUUUUCACGUGGAGGAUGCCUCGGUACACGACAGCGACGGAUUUUUUCGUUUUAGCCUGCGAAAUUAUUUUUAUCUUAUUAAUUGUUUUCUAUACUAUCGAAGAAAUUCGGGAAAUUAUCUUUUUACGGAAAAGAUUUUUUUAUGAAUUUUGGAAUUACGUUGAUGUAUUGUUAAUUGCGAGUUCAAUAACAUUUGUGGUGUUUCAAAUAAUGCAACAUUGGGAGGUUCACAAUUUGUUAAUGGAAACAUCGAAAAACGUCGAGAAACGCAUUCAUUUAGAAGAAGUAACAACCGGAGAAAUGUACAUGAUACACGCAAUGGCAAUCGCACUCUUUGUUGCUUAUUUUAAAUUGUUUAGAAUUAUUAAUUUUAAUGUAUCUACGAGCGAAAUUCAUGAAGCUUUUGGGAAGUGUUUACUAGAUGUUGCUGCAUUUUUAGUAAUCAUUUGUAUAGUUUAUUUCGGAUUUGCCCUUUUUGGUGGACUUAUUUUUGGAACACAAUUAUGGGAUUUCUCGACUUUUGCUUUAUCUUUAUUCGCAUUAUCACGAAUCCUCAUCGGCGAUCUCACGUUUGAUAAGCUUUUAAAAGUCGACCCUGUAAUGUCCUACAUUUUUUACUACCUAUUUUUGGCAAUAACGUUUUUUAUUUUAUUAAAUUUAUUUUUAGCGAUCAUUUACGAUUGUUACACCGAUGCUAAAUUACAAGCUGCAACUCGUCCCAAUGAAAAAAACAUGGUUGAUUUUUGGACCACCGCAACAUACAAUUUAUUAAAAUGUUGUGGUUGUGGUUUUUGUGCCAGAAAAUGGUAUUUUCCUAAAAAAACACGUAGCAAUGUUGAAGAUGAUGUUAAAAUGAUUUUAAAAAGGUGUGGAUUUAGUGAUUUAGAUAUAGAAAUGUUUUUAAGUCGCUAUAACAUUGACCCAGAUGCUAAAGUUUAUACAAGAGAUGUUGACAAAUUGGUGGAAAAUUUGCGAUCUGAACUCCCACAACAAGAUAAUCAACCAUCACCUAUCCCUCUUAAUUUAAUUGAAAGUGACGUCCAUCAUCCAUCUAUUUUAAAGAAAGGCAAUGAAAGCUUCACAACGAGAACUCCAAGUGUAACUCCAGCCCUAUUUUUGGCUCAGCAGAAACGAUUAGAUAUGGUUGAGGGAGUUUUAGGAGAUAUUGGAUAUAAGUUAGAUCUUUUAUUGAAUAAGCUGCAUGUAAUGGAAGCUCGAAAAAUGUUAUAAUACGUUAAAUCUAAUUAAUACAAACAAUAAAAGCGAAUACAGAUACAGAAAAAAGUGAAAGCAACCACA